AUGAAAAAAUUAAAAUCCUAUAUGAGCGGCUGCAGUCGAGCCAUUCUCACUGACACGGGCGUCAUUAUUAAGAGUCAACACUCGUUUUUCCCGGAUGCUUCCGUCCCUUUCAGCGAAAAUGAGUCUGUGGUUAAUCCGUUCAUAAAAGGGACAGAGGACGCGGCUAGUGCUCGCACCAGCGCUGAAAGCACCUCCCUCAUCAGCUGUGUGACCUGCUUGAGUGACCACAGCUACGAAGACGAAGAAAAUGGCGGCCGUUCGCUUCCAGAAAACACACUGAUUCCUUAUGCGAAAAUACUGUACGCCAAAAACAUCUGUGUUGUAAAUGGCGGGUUCGCUGCAUAUCGAGAUGAAGUAAACGAAAUUGAAACCACAGACCCCACCGCUCCCGGCUCUGAGCUUCCAUCUGUACUGGUCGAAGUCACUUUUGCUAAACCCAGACGUCAUAAUCUGGCACCCAAAAAGAUUCUGUUGAGUUUUGAAACCAUGAUUCCGGAGGAAGACAUCGCAGAAGUGCUGAUGCAAAGAAGUUAUAGGAAUGCCAAGCGUGAGAGAUCGAUCCUCGUUAUUAUAAAUCCACAUGGCGGUAAAGGCCAGGCGAAGAAACUCUUCAUGUCCAAAGUGAAACCCAUCUUGGCUGCCAGUAACUGUAUAGUGCAAGUUCUCGAGACUAGGUACCGAGGCCAUGCCGCUGAGGUGGCGGAGAAUCUUGACAUUGACAUGUACGACGUGAUUGCAUGUGCCUCCGGAGAUGGGAUACCCCAUGAGGUGCUCAAUGGUCUGUUCAGAAGAGAAGACCGUGCGGCCGCUUUCAACAAGCUGGCGGUAACACAGCUUCCAUGUGGUUCAGGAAAUGCGAUGAGUCUAUCGUGCCACGGGACGGCCAAUCCCACCUAUGCUGCGUUGAGCGUUGUAAAGGCCUCUGAGGUAAGAAUUGAUUUAAUGUGCUGCACGCAAGCUUCUUACAAGAAUGAGCAUCGACUGUCUUUCUUGAGCCAAACAUUCGGCGUCAUAGCCGAAUCUGACAUUAAUACAGAAUUCAUCAGAUGGAUGGGGCCAUCGCGAUUUGAGUUAGGCGUUCUGGUAAAUGUCCUACAGCGAAAAAAAUACCCAUGCGAUCUUUACGUCAAGUAUUGUGCCAAAUCUAAAAAUGAUCUACGGGAACAUUACAGUCUACACAAGAAAAAGCAAGAGUCUGACAGUGACGACUCUUCCUCAGAGUUGCCAAAUCAACAAGAUAUUCAAGAAUCAGAUUUCCAACUCAGUUAUGGUUUAUCUGAUCCUGUGCCGGACGAUUGGGAGCUUGUUGACCCCGAUAUUACUGCUAAUCUUGGGAUAUUUUACGCGGGAAAAAUGCCCUACAUUGCACCAAACACCAAGUUUUUUCCUGCAGCUUUACCGAACGAUGGCUGUUUUGACCUCGUCUUGACUGAUUCUAGAACUUCCAUUACGAGAAUGGCUCCAAUCCUACUUUCACUUGACAAAGGUCAUCAUGUUCUGCAACCUGAAGUUGUACAUUCCAAAGUUACUGCCUAUCGGCUCAUUCCAAAAUUAAAACAAAGCGUAAUAUCAAUUGACGGCGAAUCAUUUCCAUAUGAACCUUUACAAGUUGAAGUAUUGCCUGGAUUGUGCAAGACAUUAACAUACAACGGAUCAUAUAUCGAAACGGACUUUGAUUCGAUGUAG